AUGGCUUUCUGCUUUGUCAUGGGCACGAAUGAUUUCACCGGGCCUCUCAAAGGCUACGAGUCCAUCACAGCGCAGUGUCACAACUGCGGAAACUGGUCGGCACAUCCUAUUUCAUCCUGGGAGUGGUUCACCUUCUGCUUUAUUCCUGUUAUACCACUCGGAAGCAAGCACAAAGACGUCGGUCCCCUCCUUCAAAGGGUAGUAUUGGUCCAUGCUGAAACUUCUCGUAGCUUGCUUGCUCAAUCUGCCGGUUUCGCCAAGAUCUACGGAAUCGACCGGAUGUCCUCUCGCAACAAGGCCAAGGGCCAGCUGUACCCCCACAGCAACAAGGACCGCCGUUAG